AUGUCGAAUGACAUUGCCGAUGACCAGUCCUCUUCCCCUGAAGAGGCGCAAGAAAAGCAACCGGGGAAUCUACAAGCCAAAAAUAACAACGACUCGCCCUCUGCGUCAAAUAAACUUUUCGGACUUCGGAAUGACUCACCUCUUGAAUCGAACAGAAGAUCAACAACCAGCCAAGACCCUUCACCUAAUUCCAAUGAUGAUAAGAGCUACAGGCCACCUUCACCCACUGUCAAGAAGGAUGCGAAUCCACCUGCGAUGUCACUGAAGAAGCAGAUAAUCACCGCGAUCAUAUUAACAGCUACGACAGUGAUGACCUCAAGUAGUGGACAGGUGCUCAACAUUGCCUUACCUACUAUUAAAAAUGAUUUGAAUAUUGGUGAAGGGCAUUUACAAUGGGUAGUCUCGAGCUAUAAUCAUUCGGUUGGCUGUCUACUUCUAUUCAGUGGUAGACUAGCGGAUAUAUACGGCAGAAAGCAGAUAUUGGUAGUUGGAAUAGUAGUAUUUACCGUAUUCACAUUGAUCGGUGGAUUCAUGCAGAACGGUUCCGCGUUGAUCGUUACUAGGGCUUUGACUGGAUGUGGAGUAGCUACGACAACACCCAGUACGACCGGUAUUAUAGCAGAACUGUAUCAGGGUAAAGCACGAUCAAAGGUGUUCACCUGUUUUGGAGCUGGUUUCUCUGUAGGAGGUAUAUUGGGUCUACUAAUAGGUGGUCUAUUCGUGUCUUAUGUCAAAUACACUUGGCGAUCAUGUCUAUUUGUCGUCGCUGGAAUUGGCCUAUUGAUCGGAAUUUCAGUGAUUAUCGUCAUACCUCCAGAUGGAUCUCAUACGACAGACAAACACGUAGAUUGUCCAGGAGCGAUACUCGUAACCGUCGGAUUGGUGCUGUUUCUUUUUGCGAUAAGUGACGCUCAAACUGCUUCCCAUGGGUGGAAGACAGGAUAUAUCAUCGCUCUUCUAGUCCUCGGUAUCAUCCUCACUAUUCUCUUCUUCUUCUGGGAGCACUAUCUUCUGGCGGUUAUGGGGUUCAUACCAGCGCUAUAUAAUGCCACUUUAUUCUUUCAAAAGGUUCAAUCUAUUGGUUCAGUAGGAACAAUGCUACGGUUCUUACCCACAGAGGUAGCCGGCAUAAUAUGUUCAAUUUUGGUCGCCCUGCUUAUUCAUAAAAUACCCGCUUACUGGUUAGUCGUUACUGGUCUCUUGGCUUGUGGAUUCGGCAAUAUGUGUUUCGCAAUUUCAGAAAAGGAUACCAAUUAUUGGAAAUUACCAUUUCACGGAACGUGGUUGAUAGUCUUUGGAGUAGACAUAUUCCUACCAACCGGUCUAAUAUUCGUAUCCCAUUUCUCCCUCCAAGACGAAUACAGCGUAGCAAGUGGCCUGUUCCAAACAUUAUUGAGAUUAGGAAGUUCCAUCGGAUUAGCACUGACGUCCAUCAUAUUUGAUUCUCAAUACAAAAUCUCCCUCUCUGAUGGAAGUAACCAAGAAGAAGCUUAUCUGAAAGGGAUACAAAGCUCUUUCUGGCUCAGUGCCGCAGGAUGUUGGAUUGGAAUGUUUGUGGCGGUCAUAGCGCUAAGGGGAUUAGGCGUUUUUGGGAAAGAUCAAGAUCAAAGCGGCAUAAAGACUCGUGAUGUCGAAAGUCAGAUUCGGAAUAGCAAUUUGGUCGAUUUAUCAGAUACACCAACGCCAACGGCGGUCGAGAAGGAUCAGAAGAAUUGCAAGAGUGAUAGCAGACUGGGGAGAUGA